CGAGACCCCAGACCCGGUGUUGCUGUGGACGGAGAGGCGGGGACGUGAGUGGCCAUUGAGGGCGGACUGGGUGCCGGUGAGCCUCUCCCACCCAUCUGCUCGGUGUGCGGGCUGAGCUUCGAGGGGCUGAGCUUCGAUGGAGGACCAUAUGAUGGGGCACAACAAGGAGAAGCGUUAUGAGUGUGACCUGUGUGGCAAGGCCUGGCAGUGCCCGAGCUGGCUGGAGAUCCACCGGCGGGUUCACACAGGAGAACGCCCCUUCAAUUGCUCGGAGUGCGGCAAGAGCUUCACCAGCUCCAGCAGCCUGCUGCAGCACAACCGCAUGCACACCGGCGAGAGGCCCUUCACCUGCUCCGACUGCGGCAAGAGCUUCAAGGGGGCGGUUGCCCUCAAGAUCCACCGGCGGGUGCACACUGGCGAGAAGCCCUAUUGCUGCUCCACGUGCGGCAAGAGCUUUACCCAGUUGUCGGGGCUACGGCAGCACCAGCGGGUGCACAGCAGUGAGCGGCCCUUCACCUGUUCUGACUGCGGCAAAGGCUUCAAGUCGUCGCCAGAGCUGAAGAAGCACAGGCGCCUGCACACCGGGGAAUGGCCCUACACAUGCGGCGACUGCGGCAAAGGCUUCACCCAGUCCCACAACCUGCUGGAGCACCAGCGCAUCCACUCCGGCGAGCGGCCCUACACUUGCGCCCAGUGUGGCAAGGGCUUCACCCAGUCCUGCACCCUGCUGGAGCACCAGCGCACACACACCGGUGAGCGGCCCUACACCUGUACCCAGUGCUACAAGGGCUUCAGACACUCCAGCAACUUGCGGGUGCACCAGCGCAUCCACACCGGCGAGCGUCCCUACACAUGUGCCCAGUGUGGCAUGCGUUUCACCCACUCUAGCAGCCUGCUGGUUCACCAGCGCACCCACACCGGCGAGCGUCCCUACACCUGUCCCCAGUGCGGCAAGGGCUUCACCCGCUCCACCCGCCUGCUGUCCCACCAGCGCACCCACACCGGCGAGCGUCCCUUCACCUGCGCCCAGUGCGGCAAGGGCUUCACCCAGUCCAGCAGCCUGCUGAUGCACCAGCGCAUCCACACUGGUGAGCAUCCCUUCACCUGUGCCCAGUGCGGCAAGGGCUUCACCCAGUCUAGCACCCUGCUGAAGCACCAGCGCACCCACACCGGCGAGCGCCCCUACACAUGCACCCAGUGCAGCAAGGGCUUCACCCGCUCCUCCAGGCUGCUGUCCCACCAGCGGGUGCACGCUGGCGACCGUCCUAUCCCCAACCCGGUGUGUGUAGAGCACUUUGCCAUGGCCUCGCAUGCCCUGUCUCACCAGCACGUGCACACCAGUGGUCAGCCGUUCGACUGCCCGUACUGCGGUCUGGUCUAA